GGCGCGAUGUCGGUGCCGCUGCUCAAGAUCGGGGCCGUGCUCAGCACCAUGGCCAUGGUCACCAACUGGAUGUCGCAGACGCUGCCCUCGCUCGUGGGGCUCAACGGCACAGUGUCCCGUGCCGGCGCCUCCGAGAAAAUCACCCUCUUCCAAAGCCCAGAGGAAGGCUGGCAACUGUAUACUUCGGCCCAGGCCCCUGAUGGGAAAUGCAUCUGCACGGCGGUGAUCCCUGCCCAGAGCACCUGCUCCCGAGAUGGCAGGAGUCGAGAGCUGCGGCAGCUGAUGGAGAAGGUCCAGAAUGUCUCCCAGUCCAUGGAGGUCCUUGAGUUGCGGACGUAUCGUGACCUCCAGUAUGUACGCAGCAUGGAGACCCUCAUGCGGAGCCUGGAUGCACGCCUCCGGGCAGCUGAUGGGUCCCUCUCGGCCAAGAGCUUCCAGGAACUAAAGGACAGGAUGACGGAGCUGUUGCCCCUGAGCUCAGUCCUGGAGCAGUAUAAGGCAGACACGCGGACUAUCGUGCGCCUGCGGGAAGAGGUGAGGAAUCUGUCCGGCAGCCUCGCAGCCAUCCAGGAGGAGAUGGGUGCCUACGGGUAUGAGGACCUACAGCAGCGGGUGAUGGCUCUGGAGGCCCGGCUCCACGCCUGUGCCCAGAAGCUGGGCUGUGGGAAGCUGACCGGGGUCAGUAACCCCAUCACCAUUCGAGCCAUGGGGUCCCGCUUUGGCUCCUGGAUGACCGACACGAUGGCCCCCAGUGCGGAUAGCCGGGUCUGGUACAUGGAUGGUUAUUACAAGGGCCGGCGUGUCCUGGAGUUCCGCACUCUGGGAGACUUCAUCAAAGGCCAGAACUUUAUCCAGCAUCUGCUGCCCCAGCCGUGGGCAGGCACAGGCCAUGUGGUGUACAAUGGCUCCCUGUUCUACAACAAGUACCAGAGCAACGUGGUGGUCAAGUACCACUUCCGCUCCCGCUCCGUGCUGGUGCAGAGGAGCCUUCCGGGAGCCGGUUACAACAACACCUUCCCCUACUCUUGGGGUGGCUUCUCCGACAUGGACUUCAUGGUGGACGAGAGCGGGCUCUGGGCCGUGUACACCACCAACCAGAAUGCAGGCAACAUCGUGGUCAGCCGGCUGGACCCACACACCCUGGAGGUCAUGCGGUCCUGGGACACCGGCUACCCCAAGCGCAGUGCUGGGGAGGCCUUCAUGAUCUGUGGUGUGCUCUACGUGACCAACUCCCACCUGGCCGGGGCCAAGGUCUAUUUUGCUUACUUCACCAACACGUCCAGCUACGAGUACACGGACGUGCCCUUCCACAAUCAGUACUCCCACAUCUCCAUGCUGGAUUACAACCCCCGGGAGCGGGCCCUCUACACCUGGAACAAUGGCCACCAGGUGCUCUACAACGUCACCCUCUUCCAUGUCAUCAGCACUGCUGGGGACCCCUAGAAGGCCACCAGGGGCCCUUUCUACUCUGCCUGUGUCCCUUCAAGUUGGUCUGUCUGUUGUGCCCUGCCUCCCCUCCUGUCCCUUUAUCUCUGUCCCUGCCUUUGGCCCAGUUUUCCUUCUCUGCCUCUGUAUUUCUCCCGAUGCAUUUUCUCUGUGUUGUCUCUUCUCCUUUAUUGAUCUGAUUUUGAUACUCCAGUUGUCAUUCUGCCUUUUUAUUGAUGUCACUGUCUCUUUGUUUUUAUUGAUCUGACUCUCCAGAUCAUUCCCUGUCCCUGCCUGUCUCUUCCUCAUCCCUCCCUCCCCUCCCUCUUUGCUUCCCUCCCACUCCUUCUCCUUCUCUUUGAACCCUCCCUCUCGCCCUCCAAGGAGUUGAGUGCAUGGAUCUGUUUCUUUUUAUUUUUUAUUUACACCUUUUUUUCCUGGGUUGCCGGAAUAAACGGGACCUUUGACAUUUGAUGCUUCUGUUGCUCUGUGUGUCCAGAAGGGGCAGAGGAGGCCUGGAGGGUAAGCCCAAGCCCAGAGACCCAUCCCUGUUGGACCCUGGUCCCAUAUGGCAAGCUUUGUGAACCAGGGCAGGCAAGUCCAGCCUGCGGGGCGGCCAGGGUGAGCCCUUUGGAGAAAUAGGCAAAAUUGUUUCAAUCAAAAACAAUUUGUUUAAAAGCAGUUUGAUCAAAACACCUGAGAAUUCUAUCACAACAAUGAAAACAGGCCUCAAAUGAAUAGUCUUCGUCAUUCAUUUUUUCACUCAUUGUUCACUCUGGUGCACUGCUGAGCCCUCUGGCAACUUUUUUUUUUUAAAACAAUUUGGCCACUUUUAAGAAUUUGGGUAUGAGUGGAUAGGACAUGGUCGAAUUUUUCCUUUUUCUUCUCUUUUUGCUUUGUAAUUUUAAAAUCACUUUAUUUCAUUUGCACCUGUUCUGCAUUAAUAACAAAAGACUAGAAACAGCCUGCAGGUGCAGUGCGCUUUCCGUUGAAUGCGCCCACACCUGGGUCCCAUUUACCUAGAAGGGCCUUGGUCAGGCAUGAGCCCACCACAGGGACCCCAGCUCUUGAAGGGGAAGGACAGCAAAGCUAGGAAGUAUCUGAGACAGGAAGGGGUGUGAGAAGGAUGACUUCAGGUAGAGACUGAAGUAAGCUGAGGCCAAAUCCUCAGGAGCCUGUGGUGAUAAGACUAAGGCGGGUGGGUGGCUGUGGGGGUCACAGAAGGAAGGGCAGAUGACGUUUUUUCAGCCAGAUUGCUAGUAGUCUGGGUGAGACAGUGCAAGGAGAGUGGGGAGAGUGACCUCUGGGGCUGCUGGUUGGGAGCAAGGGCAGUACCGUCCACCACAACAUAUGGGCCCCACCAAACCCUGAGCAGAAACAUUGUGCAGAGACUCACUGGCCCAGACCCCACCCCACCCCACCGAGGCCACAGAGGCUGUGAAUGAAACCUGCUCCUCUGGAAGGAACAUUCCCCUCCGUGGCUCUAAUUAAUGGCCUCCCUGAUUAAAUCAUCUUCGGGAACAUGGGGGUUGCCUUGUGAAGGAAACCAAUGAAUAAUAUAUGUGACUGCCUAAUGCUCUCACUUAAAACCAUUUUUUAAAGAAAUCUUCAAGAAAAGCAAUUAAUUUCCAUUUAAAUUAACAAGUUGACAUAGAAAAAGAAUUGAUUCCUGGGUAAACACGUUGAGAGGCACUUUGCUCUGUACCUGCUUGAAAAGAAAGGCACACCAGCCCUCUGUUUGGAGGCAAAUCUCCAAGCUGAGCACAGGGCGGGGGCGGUGGUGGUGGUUGCCACAGGUAGGGCAUUGUUCUCUGAUGGCAAAUUUUCCCAAAGUAAGGUGGGGACCGAGAGCUGCUGAGCUCAACAAUCUUUGUCUAAAACACACACAGACUUGGAGACUCACAUGAGGGUGUGGGUGUGUCUGUCACAUCUGCACGCCAAUCCUCAAAUGGAUGCCACAGGCACUUGGCAUUGUAACCACACCCCCGUCACAAGGCGGGCCUAGUGCUCGCUCCUUACAUUGUGGAUGUACUUUAUGGAAACACAGCUGACCCUUGAACACGGGUUUGAACUGUG